AGGGGGCUUGUGAUGUUUGUUUCUCUGUGGAAGCUUGAAACGGGAACUGGUUCUGUUUUUUAUUUUUAUCUUCUUCAUCGUCUGGUUGAGCGGUUUUCUACUUUUCUUUAUGAUGUGGUGGUUGCAUCUCUGUUACUGGAUUGUUCAAGAUUAUUGAUAUGGACGUCUUUGAGACUGUUAUCAGUAGAAGCAGUGAAUGGAACUGCGCUAGUGAAUCUGGUAAUUGAUCAAUUGAAGCUGAAUCGGUGACAAAUUUGCAUGUGGAGUUAUCCAGGCCGACAUUUUUCUCAAGUACUUUUUAUUACGGUUACGGAAUUUUCUGCCAUUAAUGAAGAAGUAUGAGCAGCAACAAGGAUCUAGAGCACGUGCGUGGGCUGUAGUUAGAAUGGAAACUUUGUGAGUAAGGAGAAGAAGGCUCUUUCAACUGAGGUGUUGCUGGACAAUUUUAGUCAUUCCACUGGACAGGAUUUAGAACCAUAUUUUCAAACAAGAUAUUUUGAACGCUCAUGAGUGGUGCUGCUUGCUCUUGGUCGUUCAUGUUGAGUGACUGCAAAAGAAUUGAUCAUCUAAGGGACAACUGCAGCUCUUUUCUUGGCUUGACAUUGAGAACCAGUAAUGGUUACUUAUGAGACCGAUCCAUUUGAAUCUUGGGGUCUCCAAAUCCUGGGUGAUCCUUAUCCUUUUCCGACUCCAGCAUGCCUUUUCAGUUCUCAAAAUGAACCAACCCUCUAUAUUGAGCAAUUUCCCAGGGAGCUUCAACUUACCAACCAUGACAACGUACAGAACGAUGAAUUACUUGCAUAUUCCCUUCAACAAGAGUUAAACCAACUUGCUGUCACUGAAGCUUCUGGUUCUGGAGAUUCUAGUGAAGCACAUCAACAGGAAUCUUUUCUUGCACAAGAUUGGAUUGCCCACUCCAUGGCAUACUCUAGCUCAGGAUCUGAUCAAGACAAAGAGUUUGAGCCACCUACUUCAAGUUCAAGUACUGAAACAAAAUUGUGUGAUGGAGAAGAUUAUUAUGGUUCCCUUCAAAUGACAGACGCAUGCUCAGCAUGGGAUGAUGAACUCUGGAGGAGGUUAAAUCAUAUGAUACCUAUUGCUCACGUUCCUAAGAUUAAUGGGGAAAUUCCUUCUACUGAUGAAGCUACUUCAGAUCAUCAAAGGCUGCUGGACAGAUUGCAGCUGUAUAAUUUGACGGAAGUUAAGGUGCAAGGUGAUGGAAACUGUCAGUUUCGAGCACUGUCCGAUCAGUUUUAUCGCACGCCUGAGCAUCACAAUUUUGUCAGGCAAGAAAUUGUAAAUCAGCUCAGUGCCCAACCAGAAAUUUAUGCUGGAUAUGUGCCCAUGGCUUACGGUGACUAUAUAGAGAAAAUGUCAAGGGAUGGAGAAUGGGGUGAUCAUGUCACAUUGCAGGCGGCUGCAGAUUGGUAUGGAGUUAGGAUAUGUGUUUUUACAUCUUUCAAGGACACCUGCAUCAUUGAUAUCUCGCCAAAUGUUCAGAAAUCAAACCGAGUUAUAUUCUUGAGCUUCUGGGCCGAGGUGCAUUACAACUCAAUUUAUCCGGAGGGAGAAACGCCCUCCAACUGACUUAACUGAUAAUCUUGUUGGAAACCACAGAAGACAGGAAGAACCAUCUAGUUCUGAAAAUAAUGGUUAUGAGAUGGUCCACCAAAGAGAUUGAUGAAUUCUCUGGUACUGGCUGCAGUACUGAUUACAUUGAAAAUAUAUUACAUUUAAUACCUCUCAGUUUAUAUGAGAAGGAUAUGAAAACAAUAUUUGCAGAUCGUGCAGGGCACUUUAUGAAGUUAUAGUUGGCAUUAGGCAACGCAAAUCAAUGGGAUUAGGAAACAUAAAGGAAGGCCGAUGGUACACCGCAAGAUACUUGAAGCAUUCAACGGCAACCUUUCCUGCUUAUCUCCUUGCUUUUCAUAUUGGUAUUUAUGAGGGUCGUCAUUAUUAUUCUGUAAUCAUAUGAGGGUUGACAAAUAUCUGCAAGAAACGUUGAUGUUUAAGUACAUAGUAUAUCUUAUUUUCCCACUA